AUGGUGACGAAACUGAUAGCAGAGGGAUCGACGUGCCUCAAGGUCUUGAUGAAACAGACUCUAUAUCUGCCGCUCUGGCAAGUAUGCUUCCUCCUGUGACCGAAUCUGUUGGCGCCCAACUAUUGAAGAGGAUGGGGUGGAGACCUGGUCAAGGUGUCGGCCCUCGCCUAACCUAUGAGCAACUCAGGCGUCGCACAGAGUUGGAAGGGAACGCCCUCCCCUCUACAGAUGACCCAGAAGCCAAGAGACAUACAUACGCCCCUAGGGAUGUCAAAAUGACAAUAGCAUCUAGAAAAGAUGAUUUUCAUGGGUUAGGCUAUACCCCAAUGACUGGUCUACGUCCUGAAAUAAGUUCAUCGACUGAGUUUGGUCAGCCCAGGCUAAGUUCCGGCUUUGGAUUAGGGGCUCUGAAUGAUGCAGAUGAUGAUGAUAUAGACGUCUACGAUAACGGUAUUCCUUCUGGCGGUCGCAAGCUGGCGUUUGAGAAUAUAGAUGAAGACGACUCAAACAAUAUUAAUAUAAAGAGCGGGAAUAAAGGACCUUUAGUCACACCAUUACUAUCCGGUUUUCAAAUCGUAGACACCCCCGCUCCGGCUACUCAGAAGUUCGAUUCCCCCGUUGUACCGGAUGGCUGGGCACCCAAUCCCGCCAAGGUAUGGGGACUAGACCCCAGAGAAUCCUCAAGUUCUGCAAAGCCCACGACACAAUCCGCCAUCCCAUAUCAUGACUGGAAACAAGGCAUACCUGCUGACGAGCGUGGCUCAAUGUUGGGCGAAACACCAUUACCAGCUGCGACGAAGUCUAUUUGGGACUACCUCUCCACCAAAGACAGAGAGAGAUUGCAAAAUUUCAGGGACAAGAUGGCGUCCCAGGACACCACUCCAGCCCAACCAGUACCAAUCCAGGUGGUCGAAAUACCCCGUGUCGAUCCAGCAGUGGCAAAAGCCGCACUCAUUGGCUAUCAGCCAUUUAAAGACAAUGAGCUUAAGCAAGCUCGAUAUACAUCAUAUCUCAAUGCCCAAUCAACCUCACAAGGUGUCGAUUUGCAACCAUUACCAGGACAAAGCAUUGCAGAUUUUAAUAGCGAAUUGGAAAGCUUCGCAAAAGCUGCUCAGAUAUUCAAACCCAUGUCGGCUGCAAUGGCUAGUCGAUUCCGCAGCUCCACUACCGUCGAAGCCGCCCCACAACAACGUGAAGGCCUUUAUCAACCGACAGAAGAGGCCUACGCCAAGCACAAGUCACAAGCAGAAGAUGCCGCCGUAAAACGUAUGGAAGUCGAAGAGACACCCAAAGAGCAUGCAGCAAAGCUGGGUAUGUUCGGCGCUAUGACAAGGGAGCAAAAAGAUUGGGCCCCUGCAAGGCUACUGAGCAAACGAUUUGGAGUACGGCCACCUAAGGUGAACGAACCAAAUAUCAGCGAAACAGAACUACCCCAAGGAGACAUGACGGGUGUCACCUCUUCUUCUUCCUUGAUUUCAACUGGUGCAAACCUCACCUCUAGCGGUGGUGCCAUAAGAGUAGUGGCGGCAGACGUGAACUCUUCUGAAGUAGAGAAGAAAAUGCCAGCACAAAUUGGGCUGGGAGAAGACGACUCUCAAGGAAGGGAUACAUUGACGUAUGAGAGACCGGGCAUGGAUAUAUUCAAAGCAAUUUUCGCGAGCGAUGAAGAAGACAGCGACCAUGAUAUGGAAGAUCAACCAUCUGAGACCCAGAUCCUUCAAAAUUUACAAGCUCCAUCAAUGACGUUGAAGGAGGAUUCUAAGGAAGGAUCGACUUCAAUAACCACUUCGGAGCCUAUCGAUUUGGCAACAUUUCGUCCGACCUUCAUUUCACGAGCCAAUCGUGAUGAUAAGAAAGAUGGGGAUAAAUAUACAGACAAGCCCCAGAAGGAGAAAAAGAAAAAGGCAGCCGUGACCCUCUCCUUUGCAGAAGAUGAUGUCGGUUUAACCGUGAUUCCUUCUAAGAAGAGAAAAAGGGACAAGGAUAAAGAGGGGCAAAGCUCAAAGAAAAAGAAAGAAAAGGAGUCUGAGAAGAUCAUCAAGAUGGAUGUUGACGAGGAUGACGAUGAAAUGUGGGUGGAAAAGGAAGUUCCUUCCACUGUGCGAAAUGAGGCGACUGCCUCCAAUGAGGUGAAACAGCCCAUGAACCAGGGUAUGAAGAGUCGACCUAAAGCUGCAGAUUUCCUAUAA